AACACUCUUGAGAUUAAACAUCCAGAAGAAUGACGAUCUUAAAAGUGGUUGUUGGCAUUGCUUUCUUAUCUUAUGUUUCUUUGGCUGAUCGACCCACCAGGUGGUGUGUCAGCAACAAUGCCGAAGAGAUGAAAUGCAACCAAUUGAAAGCAGAGCUCCAGAAGGCUGUAGAAGCCAACACAACAUUAGCAACAGUCCUACCAGCAGAUUUCCAGUGCAUUGAUGCAGACGAUGUCUUUUCUUGCAUGGAACUGAUUGAAUCAGAUCAGGCUGACCUGGUCAACUUGGACUCAGGCCUGGGCUACUUUGCUGGUCGGCAGCACAACAUGAUGCCCAUCAUGGCAGAGAAGUAUGACACAGAAGCUACAACAACCGAUAAACCUUCUUUGUAUUCGGUUGCCGUGAUGGCUGCUGGCACCAAAAUAAAUCUGGACACAUUAACUCAAAACUCAGUAUGUUUUUCAGGCAUUGGAAUGGCUGCUGGCUGGGUUUACCCGAUUGGAACACUGCUUAAAAAUAACUAUAUAGAGUUCACUGAGUGUAAUGCCUUGGUCAAGGCGGUAGCCUCUGCAUUUGGUCACAUGUGUCUACCAGGCUCUUUGACGUCACUCUAUAAUCAGUAUGGAAACAACCCGACAUCAGUUUGUGAGUUGUGUACUGGACAGAAUGAAGAGUUCUGCAGCACCAGUGACACUUUUGCUGGCUAUGAUGGUGCCUUCAGAUGUGUGGCAGAGGGCAAAGGGCAGCUGGCAUUUGUCAGACAUGACAUCUUUGAUAUUAUCCAGAGCCUGGUCAACAAUUCUGAAAUAUCUGGUAUCAGUGUGGAUCCUGCGAGUUACCAACUCCUGUGUCCAGAUGGUAAAACUGCAGCUGUGACUGAUUACGCAAGUUGUAACUGGGGACAGGUGACAUCAAAUGUCAUCCUGACAUCAGCCGUCAGAGAGCCUGACAUUGUCAAAAGUUAUAAAGACUUUCUGUUCACUGUUCAGCAGCUCUUUGGUAGAGGAGGCAGGUUAAGCAGCUCUUUUCAAAUCUUCAAUUCUGAGAGUUCCUACCCUGUGGAUGUGUUCAAGCGAGUGUUUACUAGGAAGAACUUGAUGUUUUCGGACACAACACAGAGCUUGAUUGAUAUUGUUGAAACUGAGACUUAUUAUUCAUGGGUUGCUGAUGAUUUCAAUGACAUGCUGACUGAGAUGAACAGCUGCCCCUCUGAUGUCAUCCGUUGGUGUUUGAUCUCCAUGGCCGAGAAGCUGAAGUGUGAGGACAUGAUUAUGGCUUUCAAGGCUAAAGAGCUCCAACCUGAGAUGGACUGUCUGUAUGGAGGGAAUACAACCGCGUGUUUGGAAAUGAUUUGGAGAGGGGAUGCUGACCUAAUAAGUUUGGAUGCUGGAGAUGUGUACAUAGCUGGACGUCGCUAUGGCCUGAUCCCCAUUGCAUCAGAAGAUUAUGGUGAUAUGUCAAUGAAGUUCAAGGCUGUUGCUGCCAUCAAGAAAACAGACCAACAAACAACUUUAUUCAACAUGAAAGGUAGAAGAUCGUGCCAUCCUGGGAUUGGUCGAGGUGAUGGCUGGGUGAUUCCACUCAACAUCUUCAUCGAGACUGAACAGUUUCUGCCUAAAGAUUGUACUAUUUUUAGAAACAUUGGUGAGCUCUUUUCUCGGAGUUGUAUACCUGGAUCUCUGGACACGGAGUACAAUCCUGGUGGCCGGCCCAUCAACCUGUGUGAAGGGUGUAAAUCAAAUGGUUAUGGAAAAUGUCAGCGUAACAAUGAUGAGCUUUAUUAUGGCACCAGCGGUGCAUUCAGAUGUUUGGUGGAGAACGGUGGUGACAUUGCCUUUGUUCGCCACUUGACUGUCCGAGACAACACAGAUGGGCGCAAUCAUGCCACAUGGGCUAGGAAUCGGAGGUCUGAUGACUAUGAACUGUUGUGCAAGGAUGGGCGUCGCCUUAAUGUGGACAGAUUUAAUGAAUGUCACUUGGGGGAAGUUCCAGCUGAUGCAAUAGUUACUUCAGCUACAAAGACCUCAGAGCAAAUAGAGAUCAUCUGGAAUGUUCUAAAUUAUGGACAACAGUUUUUUUCAUCAGACAUUGAUGGAGACUUCCAUAUGUUUGACUCGGGCUUCUGGUACAGUAAUCUCAUUUUUAAUGACGCUGCUGUACGCUUGAUGAAAAUCUCACCCGAUCGUCAAAACUACAAGGACUGGCUGGGCGAGACCUUUCUUGCUCAGGUUGAGAACCUCCACCAGUACACAUGUGUUAAUCCAGACAGUGCAGGAUUUCUUCGGCCAAGUUUUGUAGUUAGUCUGUUAGUAGUUUUGGUCUCCAUGCUUCUCAAACACUUAUAGGUCAACCAACUUUAGAUUCAUGUCUCUCUGUUUCUGGUUGUUUAUUAAAGGUUAGGACACCAGGCAUUUGGUUUAAGACUCUCUGGGAAAAAAAAUGACUAAAAAAAAAUAAAAUGUUGAAAAACAUAUAUUUUUAAUCAUUUUAACUAAUCUAGAAAAUAUCUUUUACAUAGACUAUCCUUGUAGUGUCCUUACAAGGGAAAGAGCUUGUGCUUUACUAAUGUGGUGAUAUAAUUGAAUUAGUCCCCUUGACCCCUCAGUAUUUUUUUUUUAAAAGCAUUAAUGGUAGCAUUCACCCAGAUAUGUGAUGGGAUCAUAGUACCCUGAGAAAGCUAAAAGCAUGAAAUUGAGCUAAACAAGAACAAUUUGUAAAAAUAUUUCUAAUUUCACAGAUUUAUUGUUGUUAGUCUAGAUCUAUUACAAAUUUAAUUACAUGACUGAUCCAAAUUAAUUGAUGAAAUUACACUUAAUAGAAGAUAUGUUUUUUUGUAAGUAUUUUAAAAGUUUUUCUUUUACUUGUAGCUACAAAUGUUUCCUUAUGAGAAGAAUUACCAUUAAGACCAUGUUCUAAGAUUUGUUUUCUUGUGAAAAAUAGUGUCAUGAUAUUGUUAGCAGGCCACAUUUCUAAUGGAUAAAUAAUUUGAAAGUUUGAUUCUGCCUUUAAAAACAAGUCCCUGUUAACUCAAUAUCACUGACCUAUACAUUUGUUUUUUUGGUUAGAUAUCAACUAUCAUUGUAAUUAUUUCCCCUGCAUCCAUACAUGUACAUAGUUCAUUCUAUGCAUUUUUGUUAUUGUUAUUAUUAUAAAUUUGUAUUAUAAUGAAUGUAUGUGAUCUUAAGUUUUAUUGCCUUGGGUUCAUGGUGAUUCAAGGGAUGUUUUUAUGUAAAUAUAGAUAUGCUCAUAAGAA